AUGUCAUCCAACAUUGACGAUGAUGAAGCACCUCCAGACUUGGUCGACGUCAUGGCGACGCCAGCAGACGAGCCUGCCUCUAUAGAGGAGGAGCCGACUAGUCGAGUUCCUAUUACUCUUGUCACAGGAUAUUUGGGGGCAGGAAAAACUACCCUGUUGAACUACAUCCUCACGGAAAAACAUGGUAAAAAGAUCGCCGUGAUCAUGAAUGAGUUUGGUGACUCUUCGGACAUCGAAAAGCCUUUGACCGUGAACGAAGGCGGCCAAGAAGUCACCGAAUGGAUGGAAGUUGGCAACGGCUGCAUAUGCUGUUCAGUGAAAGACUCCGGCGUCAUGGCCCUCGAAUCACUCAUGGAACGCCGCGGCACAUUCGACUACAUUCUCCUAGAGACAACAGGUCUUGCCGACCCAGGCAACAUUGCUCCUGUAUUUUGGAUGGACGAAGGUCUCGGUAGCUCAAUCUAUCUCGAUGGGAUCGUAACACUCGUCGACGCAAAAAACAUCAUCCGACUCCUCGACGAGCCAGCCCCUGAAGAAAAAGCCGAUUCGCAUAAAGAGAGCGCUAAUGAUCGUGACCAGAAACACAAGCACGAGCAUACAGGUCCAGUGCUGUCCAUGGCACAUAUGCAGAUUUCGCAUGCCGACGUGAUCAUCCUCAACAAGACGGAUCUGGUAACCGGAGACGAGCUCGAAUCCGUGAAAGACCGCAUUACGGCAAUCAACAGUGCUGCUAAGAUCCAUGUUACGGAUCAUAGUCGGACGCCGCAAAUUGAGGGUGUGGUGCUUGAUUUGCAUGCGUAUGACCAUCUGGCAGAUAUGGAUUUCGGGAAGAAGGGACAUAGUCAUAUGGAUCCUGCUAUUUCCACUGUUGCGAUUGCCACGCCGCCUAUUCCUGCUAAGAGCGUCGAAAAGGUUGAUGAAUGGCUGCGGGAAGUUCUAUGGGAGUCGACAUUGCCUGUGUCUGGCGGUGCAGGCUCUGAGUCAUGGCCGACAGAUUUUGAGAUUCAUCGUUUGAAGGGUAUUCUGGUGCUAGAGGAUGGAUCAAGUAAGAUCAUUCAGGCUGUAAGGGAUGUUUUUGAGAUUCGGGAUUCAGUUCAGAGCCAGGAUGGAGAUGAGGAUAAGAAGGUUCAGUGCAAGAUUGUGCUGAUUGGGAGAGGGUUGACAGCGAGUGGUGAUCCCUGGAGGGAGAGCUUUGAAGCAUAUGUACGGAGUUAA